UUUUAAUAAGUUAAACAACAGAAAAUAUACGAUAUGUUUAAAAAGUGCAAAAUUUCAAUAAAAGUAGUAUUUUAUAUUUAUAAUACUUAAUAGCUAAACAAAAGGCUGACAGAAAUCUCUCGCCUCACAAGAAGAAUUCACCUCCCCCCCCAAAGACCAACGAGAUAUCUUACAUAAUCUAACAUCAUAUCUAGUUGGCCUUGCCCUCCUCCCGGUUGAGAAUCACUGCGUAUUCAGCCGUAACCUCCUUGGUCGGAGCCAAGAAACAAGCUAACGCCAAAUAUCACACGCCAAAGUUGCCAUAAAAAAAGGAGCUUCCUUUAUUUAAUACGAGCUGUCAAACAGUUCUGUUUUAAGUGAUGUGUUCUGCUUAGAAUGUAGUCGCCUAUCAAGAAAGAACGAAGCGUUCACUAUUAGUAGAAUCUAUUUAGUGUUACAAAAAUUUUCGAAAUUCACUGUAAAAUGACUAAAUUAUCAAACGUUCAGGAACUUUUCCCCACGAAAUUAAGUGCUUUUAUAUUUGUAGCGUACAUGGCAUUAUUUAUUAAUCAAGGUAUUCUUGUAACAGCUACAAAGGAGAAGAAUUCAAAAUAUUCUUAUAGUACAGUUACUGUCGUUAUGCUGACUGAAUGUAUUAAACUUUUUAUUUGCACAUCUAUUUACAUAAAGGAGUUUUCCUUUGUACAGUUACUAGGAGCUAUUGUUAAGAACUCAAAAGUUCUUCUGCUUUACUUUGUGCCUGCGUUCCUGUACAGUUUAUAUAACAAUCUCACAUUCAUAAACUUGUGUGUGUUUGAUCCUACAACUUAUUAUCUGCUAUUACAACUUAGAGUUGUGGUGACUGGUAUCAUUUUUCAGAUUGUUUUUAAGAAGCAGCUUAGCAGGAAGCAGUGGAUUUCUUUGAUCUUGUUGACUAUAGGUUGCAUUGUAAAGCAGAUCCACACGACCCCUUUAGCACCAUCAUCCGAUAAAAGUUCUAAGUCACCUAUACCUGAAACACAUAACUAUUUAUAUUUUUUCUUGAUACUAGUCCAGGUGUUUUGUUCCUGUUUUGCUGGAGUCUAUAAUGAAUAUUUAUUGAAGGAUGCUGGAGCUAAUGUCCAUAUAAUGUUGCAAAAUAUCUUUAUGUACAUGGAUUCCAUUGUAUGUACUUUCAUACUUCUGAUUUUGAAUGGAGAAGCACAAACAGCAUUUUCUAGUGAUUCUUUAAAUUUAGUGUUCCAGCCAAUGGUUAUUGCUGUGAUGUUGAAUAGUUCAGCAUGUGGCAUAGUAACAUCAGUCUUUCUCAAAAAUUUGAAUUCUAUUCUGAAAACAUUUGCCAGUGCAAUAGAAAUAACUUUUACUGCUGUUUUAUGUUGGUUUAUAUUUGGUUUUCCAAUUGAUAUUUAUACUGUCAUAUCCAUAGCAAUUGUGUCAUAUGCAACCUAUUUAUAUGCUCAGAGUCCAGUUGUAAAUAAAGGCCGCUUGGAAACAGUCUCAGAGGAUAAAAAUGAAGAUAAAGAAAAACUUAUGUCUGAGGUGGACUCUAAAGUGUGAUAUUUUCAUGACUAUUUGGGGGUGGGAAAGUGGAAUUGGUAUAUGUAUGUAUAAAUUUUACCUAGAAGACUACUUACCUCAAUUCUUGUUUCUUUUGUGAAUGAAUUUCUAGAAAAUUUGCUGGCUAUGUUUAAAACUAUCUAAAUGUAUUGUUUUUAAGGUUGAUUUAUUGUACUUGAUGAAAUACAUGCUUAACAUUUCAUUAGUAUUACAUCAUAUUGUUUUAAUGAAAAUGCAUUAUAUUAUAUAUGUAUAACAUGUAUUUAUUUUUGCAUCUUCUUGCCAGUAGAACAGUCUUCGAAGCAGGCCAGUAAAGUUUGUGAUAGAUAAAAAUGGGCAUAGUUUCGCAUCCAUUUUUUGAACUAUUGUACAUAAAUAUUGUAUGGAAUUUUAUGUUAAUAUUAGUAUAUCCCCCCUUCCAGAAAGGUGAAUUUUCAUCUUCUGAACAUUAUGUGAAAUAAGUUUUGGUUUUGCAUAAUUUAUAUUAUAAAGGUAUUUAUGAAGGUAGUCAUGUUAUUAUUCAGAUUUUUUUACCUAUUACUGUUUUAAUUAUAUUUUAAAAAGGUAUGCAUUUACUGCUUAAUUUUGUAUUAAGAAUGUUUAUAAUUUAUUGAUUUUUCAUAAUUUAAUUUAAUGUUCAUUUACUUGUUUCAAAAUAUUUCAGAUUUUUAAAUGACACUAUAAUUAUAUGAUUUUGGUCAUGCCAUCUACCCCUCCCCUUCUACUUAAAAAGUAUUUCAUUAAUUACUUGUAGGAAGUAAUUUUUUCAUAUUUAUUUAUAUAUAUAUCAAGAAUUUUAGCUUAUUUAUUGAUUCAAAUAAAAAUUUGAACAGCUAUUUAAUUUUUUAAUUUCAAAAAAUUUUCUUUAGUACACAAAACAUAACUUACAAGCAGUUUAAUAUUGCUUAAAUUAAUAUAUUGAAAAAUAUAGCAGUGCAUUCUCAUACUAACAAAAUUUUGAAAAUUUUAAGGGAAACAUUUAUGAAUGUAGAGAGUAUAAUUUUGUACUGCAGUAUCAUAGCUUGACAUAUUUAUUCUAUUAAUGAGUUUGAAUUGUUUUAUUUAUCGAAAUGAAGUUAGUAUGUAGAAUUUUCAUAUGCAUCUUAUAUGCAUAUUUUUGAUAUUUUCAAUUUUUAAUUUGAAUGACAAGUGAAUAUAUAUAUAUGUAUAUAAAGAAAGAUGAAAAAUCUUAAUUUGUUUAAAACUUUUACUGUUGAAACUAUUUCAAAACUAGAAGAAAACUCUGCUAGUUAGGUAAAAUCAGAAAUGUUUCUGAUUUAUUUGAAUGAGAUAAAUUUUUGGGUUAUAUUACUAAGUCAAACCUUAUUUUGGGGUUAUUCUGUCUUUGAAAAAUUAUAAUUGUGUAUGUAUGUUGAAGUUUUAGUUAAAAUCUAUGAAUUGAUAAGGUAACUGGACACAAAGAUUCUAGUCUUAUGAUAAAGCUUUAUUUUUUUCAUAUUAAGUUUUAUAGAGGAGUGCCAUAACUUAAUGACUUUUUAAAUUGUCUUAAUGAAGCUUGCACGAGACUUGUCUUUUAGAAGUUUGCGCGAGCUUAUUUUUGCUGUAAAGCUUACAAUCUAUCAGACAAAUUUUGUUUGUUGCUGUUAUAGAUAAAUUAUAUAAAUGAUAUAAUAUUGUGUAUGAUAUAAAAUGUUGAGCUUAUUCAUUAUGUUCCUGUUGGAGGGCGAUAUGUCUAUUAAUGUAAGUAUUUUCCUUUUAAAAAAAUAUCUAGUUAUUCUCUGUGUUCCAUUAUUACUAUUAGUUUGUAAUGAACUAUGUUCUUGUCCUGAGUAACUGCUAUUUUAGUGCAUGUGAAGAAGACACAUUUCAAAAUAAUAUGAUGAAAUACUUAUAAUGUAAACAAGUAUGCAGAAUGUAUUUGAAACUUACAAAUUUCGUCAUAAAUGUUAUAAAAUUAUCAACAAAUGGAUUUUGGAUUGAAGCAUCUGUAUCAAACGCUAAGAUGUACAAUUAAUUCCCAGUUAAUUGGGUUAAUGUUGGGAGGCAGCAUUCACAGUUAAACUAAAAAUUAUUGUUAAUUGAGGGUAAUUACAACACAGGAAAAAAUAAUAACCCAUAUUAUAUUUAACAAAUGAAUGUUAUUAACAAUUUACCUGUAUUUUAAAAUAGUAUAAUCUGAAAAAGUAAUUAAUUGUACUGUUUCAUAUAUUUCUGUAAGGUUUUCCUACCAGCUAGUACAGUGGUUCUUAGACUUUUUUGCACCUUGCACCCUUUUAACCGUUGCUAGCCAAUUAUUUCCCCUUCCAAAAUUAAAAAAAUAUGCAUACUUUAUUUAAAGUUAGAUUUUUUAAUGUUAGAGUAAUUUUAAAUUUAGGUAUUUUUAAUAAAUUACACAAGGUGAAGUGUGAGGAAUAUUCAUAUAUAGCAAAACUUGAAUAAAAGUACUUUUUCAUAUUCAUAAACUAAAACUAAAAACUUUAACAGGUGAAUAGAAGGCUGACUGCAUCCUCCUGAAAUUAUGAAAUCCCCCCCCCUGGUUAAUCACCUCGUGGUUGAGAAUCCCCUGUGCUAGUGUAUAUAUUUCUUGAUAAAAGCAGUAAUACAUCCCUGCUUUAUAUAUAAGACAAUUUUUAAAAUAUAUGCCAUAUAUGUUUCUAAAAUCAAAGUCACUCGUGUUUUAUUUUAGAUUUUCAUUGUUUUCAUAUACUGCUCAAAAAGAGAGUGGGAUAGAGCUCUUGUUUUAAAUAUACAUUAAGACAAAAAGUAAGAAAUUUAGAACCAAUUUCACAGAGAUUCAAAAGAAGUGAAAUUCAGUAUCAUUAAAUUUCAAAAUACCCUAUAAAUAUA